CUAUUUUCUCUAUUAGCAGUUGAAGAUUUUGAAUACUGUACCUCUCUUACAAAGUCAUAAACCCGUUUCCAAUUUUUUCAUUAUCUCUCUUCCUACCUAAUUCAUAACACAUUCUCACCAAUAAAACCUUCCUCAAAUAUCUCUAUAUAUAAGGAUUUGAAAAACAUAUACAAACUAUAUAUAUGAGAAUAAUAUUGUAGAUUACUCUCUAUAAUCUUAUACUCUACAAAACAAAUUCUCAAAAUAAUUUGAAGACUUUUACACUUGAAAUAUAUUAUCAAACAAAAAAUGAAACUCAAAUGGAAAUCUAUUUUCCCAGCAAGUUGUUUCAAGGGAGAGUAUCCAUCACCAAAACCAAAGAAAGUGGUAGCUACAAAACCAAGAAGUGCUUCAACAUCAACUCAUAGGAUUUCAAUAGAGGAAUUGAGCAAUCCAAACGCGACGGAAGAUUUAUCGAUUUCUCUAGCAGGAUCUAAUCUUUAUGCGUUUACCGUAGCCGAGCUUAAGGUUAUAACACAGCAGUUUUCUUCAAGUAAUCAUCUUGGUGCUGGUGGGUUUGGACCUGUUCAUAAGGGGUUUAUAGAUGAUAAGGUUAGGCCUGGUUUGAAGGCUCAAUCUGUUGCUGUUAAACUCUUGGACUUAGAAAGCAAACAAGGUCAUAAAGAGUGGUUGACUGAAGUUGUUGUUUUGGGGCAAUUAAGGGAUCCACACCUUGUGAAGCUAAUAGGAUAUUGCAUUGAAGAUGAACAUAGACUUUUGGUAUAUGAAUAUUUACCAAGAGGCAGCUUGGAAAAUCAAUUAUUUAGAAGAUUCUCAGCAUCACUACCAUGGUCAACAAGAAUGAAAAUUGCUGUUGGAGCUGCAAAAGGUUUAGCCUUUCUUCAUGAAGCUGAGCAACCAGUUAUUUUUAGAGAUUUCAAAGCUUCAAACAUCUUGUUAGACUCGGAUUACAAUGCAAAACUCUCUGACUUUGGGUUGGCAAAGGAUGGUCCUGAAGGAGAUGACACCCACGUUUCAACAAGAGUUAUGGGUACUCAAGGGUAUGCUGCCCCAGAAUAUGUCAUGACAGGUCACUUAACGGCCAAGAGUGACGUGUACAGCUUUGGAGUAGUUUUAUUGGAGUUGCUAACAGGGAGAAAGUCAGUGGACAAAAAUCGUCCUCAAAGGGAACAAAACCUAGUAGAUUGGGCAAGACCAAUGUUAAUUGAUUCAAGGAAAAUUAGCAAAAUUAUGGAUCCAAAACUUGAAGGACAAUAUUCCGAAAUGGGUGCUAAAAAAGCAGCUUCAUUGGCUUAUCAAUGUCUUAGUCAUAGACCAAAGAGUAGGCCAACAAUGAGCAAUGUGGUUAAAAUUUUGGAACCUUUACAAGAUUUUGAUGAUAUUCCAAUUGGACCAUUUGUUUACACUGUUCCAAUUGAUAAUAAUGAAGUGGCUAAAGAAAAGGAUCAAGCAAAGGAGUAUGAAACAAAUAGGGAGAGGAGGAGGGAAAAUGAUAAAUAUCAUAGGAAUGGUCAUAGGCAUCAUCCACUUAAAUCGCCAAAGUCGCCAAGUCCUCAAUCACAAUCGCAAUCACGACCACAAUCACGGCCACAACCACAUCUGCAGAUUGACAAGCAUCGAAAUGGUAGAGAAAGUGGGUUGAAUUCUCCUUUGUCACACAUGAAUCGAAAUGGUAGAGAAAGUGGGGCAAAUUCUCCUUCGCCACACAUGAAUCGAAAUGGUAGAGAAAGUGGGUCAAAUUCUCCUUUGCCCCGCAUAAAUCGAAAUGGUAGAGAAACCGGGUCAAAUUCUCCUAUGCCGCGCAUAAAUCGAAAUGGUAGAGAAAGUGGGUCAAAUUCUCCUUUACCACACAUAAAUCGAAAUGGCAGAGGAAGUGGGUCAGAUUCUCCUUCGCCAGACAAAAAAAGCUAUGAAAAUUAGCAUAAUGGAUAAAAAAAAAAGAGUUUGUAUAUAUAUACAAAUAUUUUUCAAAAACAUGUUUAGUGAUUUUAUGUAGUGUACAUACUACUAUAGCCUAAGUGUGAUUAGCAAUCAUUUGCAUGCCAGGAGAGAGUACAUAAAAACACAAUGGAGAAAAAAGAUGAGAGUGGGAGUGCAAUUGUAAUAGACCUCACAUGGAAAAUAUGCUUGAGUUAGUUUUAUUUUUCAUUCUUCAAUUAAAGGAGGAAAUUAUAAUUAUUUUAAGGUGCA